AUGUUCCGAACCUCUGAAAAGUACAGCGAGGAACAGCAACAGCCAAAAGCAUGUGAUCCGAGUACAGAACGAGCGACGUCCAGUAACUCACUCACGCCCCCAACAGCGAAUGGCGAAAAGUUGACUCACAUGCGAGAGCGGAACCAGGUAGACAAGGGACUGUGGUCUACCUGUGUCAAAAGUUGA